CAUCCACUGAGAGAAAGAGAGAAGAGGAGUGCACAUGAAGAGCUGCAAUGACAGAACCAACAUCGAAGAAACAGGGAUUUAAAAAGUGUCGGAGUGCCACUUUCAGCAUUGAUGGCUUCAGCUUCACCAUCGUUGCCAAUGAGGCGGGGGAAAGCAACCGUUGUCCACUGGCCCACUUUGCACGCUCACGGUCCCAGAAUGCACUAUGCACUGCUGUCACAGCUGGCGUUGGUAUCACUGAUCACAAAGGAAUCCUGAUCAGCUCUCCAGGUGCUGAAGAGAUCCUGGCUGAUGAGCUGCCAAUCCCUGAUUCACCUGACGCCAUGGAGAAGACUGCUAUCAGGUUGCGAUGUCUUGUAAAGCAACUGGAAAGGGGGGAGGCAUCUGUGGUGGACCUGAAGAAGAACCUGGAGUAUGCUGCGUCAUUCCUUGAAAAUCUAUACAUUGAGGAAACCAGGCGGCUAGUGGACACAGAGGAUGAGCUGAGGGACAUCCAGUCAGAGUCGGUGCCCUCAGAGGUUCGUGACUGGCUGGCUUCCACUUUUACCCGGCAAAGAGGCCUGAUGCUGCGCCGCAAUGAAGACAAACCACGCUUCCGCAGCAUUGUCCAUGCUGUGCAGGCUGGCAUCUUUGUGGAGAGGAUGUACAGACGAACCUCCAACAUGGCUGGUUUCAGUUAUCCCCCAAACGUCAUCAGUGAGCUCAAGCAUGUAGACAUGUGGUCCUUUGAUGUGUUUGGAUUGAAUGUUGCUAGUGGAGACCACGCUCUGAAAUUUGUCUUCUAUGAACUACUCACAAGAUACGACUUGAUCAAUCGUUUCAAGGUCCCUAUUUCUGCUCUCAUAUCAUUUGUGGACUCGUUGGAGGUUGGCUACAGUAAACACAAGAACCCAUACCACAACCUGAUGCAUGCUGCUGAUGUGACACAGACUAUCCAUUACCUGCUUCUCAAGACUGGCAUUGUGCAUUGGCUAACAGAGUUGGAAAUCUUUGCCAUAUUCUUUGCAGCUGCCAUCCAUGACUAUGAACAUACAGGGACCACCAAUAACUUCCAUAUUCAGACCAGGUCAGACACAGCCAUGUUGUACAAUGACCGAGCUGUUCUGGAGAACCACCAUGUCAGCGCUGUAUAUCGCUUACUACAGGAUGAUGAAAUGAACAUCCUCUCGAAUCUUUCGAAAGAUGACUGGAGAGAACUGCGGACUCUGGUAGUUGAGAUGGUGUUGGCCACUGACAUGUCUUGCCACUUCCAGCAGAUUAAAACCAUGAAAAGCCUCUUGCAGCAGCCUGUGGUGAUUGACAAGUCAAAGGCCUUAUCCCUGCUGCUGCACACUGCUGACAUCAGCCAUCCUGCCAAAUGCUGGGAACUUCAUCACUACUGGACCACAUCCCUGCUGGAGGAGUUCUUCAGACAGGGUGAUAAAGAGGCAGAGUUGGGUCUACCUUUCUCCCCUCUCUGUGACCGCAAAUCUACCAUGGUGGCCCAAUCCCAGAUCGGAUUCAUUGACUUCAUUGUGGAGCCAACAUUCACCGUGUUGACAGAAAUGAUCGAGAAGAUUGUGACAUCGCUUGUUAAAGAGGCAUCUCACUCAGGAUUGGCUGGAUUCAGGCACUCCAGUGUGAACAGUAUUAGUGGCAGUGAUGGAAAGCAUUCCAGUGUGAAGAGUACAGGCUCAGCGGGCAGCUGCUCUCUGACCACAGCGGACUUCACAAAAUUCAAGAUCAUAUGGAACCAAGAGAUUCAUCACAACAGGGAGCUAUGGAAGGCCCAAGCAGCCAAAGAUCUGGAGCAAAAGGUGAAGAAUGAGGCAGUGGAAGGUGGCCAGGAACAGAAGGAGACAGAAGAGGGGAAAAGGUCUAGGAGAACUGAUGACCAAGCAGGACAGGACGUGAUGAAAACAGAUGAAGAGGGACAGGAAGAAGUGGAAAACAGAGUGCAGCAGGAGGAGCGACAGCCUAAAAAGGAGGAAGGAGACAAUCAAGAUAAUCCAGGAGGAGCUGCAGGCUCUCCUCUGGGAUCAGAUCCAAAUGGUACAGACAAGAAGAAACCUGACAGCCACACAGACAAGCAGCAGCAACACUGUCAAAAUGACCUUCAGCAUGACUUCCCUCUGAUUCAUUACUGCAAGAGACCCAGCUACUGUGCCAGCUCCUAUCAGCUUGUCAGGUCAAAGGUCUCUGACAUGCAGCCCAUUGAUGCCAGAGGAAAAGCCAGGAGACUGCAGCACAUCUCCUUACGUUGCCGAAAGUGAUCUGAGUAACAUCAGUGUGAUGUCACAUCAUAAAAUACUAUUGCAUGAGUCUUUGUUUAUACUUGCAUAUUGCAGCCUUAUAUUCCAGCUGAUCUUCAACUUGGUACAUGUUCAUAGUCACUGUUACUGAAUUGUUGCUGGCCUCAAUUGGUUAUCUCUUUCCUGUUUACCACUGUCAUCUCCUUUCUCAUUGUGUGGAUCUAUCACUUCAGGUGUGAAUAUUUACGUGUUCUCUGGUGUAAAUUUAGCCUAUUUAUGUUUAGGGCUGGGAAUGGCAUCUCAAUACUUAAGUCGCACACAAUGAAAUGUGUCUGUAGCAAUGAGAAUCAGAACUGUUAAGGACAUUGAAAGUCAAAACACUGCCAUUCAAAAUGCCUGCCGAUGGACCAAUUGGUCAAUUGUAGACUCAUCAAUUAGGAUGUAAGCACUAUAAAAAGACACCUCAUUGUGAUACUGUUGGACGAUAUGGAUGAUGCAGACCAGCACAGAUAUGUGAUAAUAUAGGACAAUGUCAGCUUUCAUCUUGCAGCCCUGGUACACUCCCUGGCCUUCCACACUACUCUCCAUUGAAGAGUUAUUUUCAGCAUGGCGGAAAAGAAGGUGUUUGACUGUCAGCCCUAUGAGUGCAUGGCUCCUCUGCAGGCAAUGAAGGAAGCAAGUGAUGAUAUUGAUGUGGGUGCUAUCCAGGGCUGGGUACAACAAUCCAGGUACUUAUUUCCUCGCUGUCUGGCCAGGUAAGAUAUUUCCUGUGAUGUUGAUGAGGUGCUGUGGCCGGACCCUACAAGGUGGUGAGAUGCAGCCUAAAUACUUUUUUUCCUUUUUUUUUUUAAUAUAUAUAAAUAUAUAUAUAUUUUCCUCUAUGGUUCACUAUAUUUGAAAUUUUUGUUCCUACUGUAAUGUAGGAUGUACUCUGCAUUUGAUUGAUUGAUUGACUUAUUCAAUUUGUUGUGGAGAAAAAUAAAUGGUUUUGUUUCAACAUUAGUUGCGUUUCUGCACAUAUUUCUGUAGACUUGAACAAAUCUUCUCAGUAGAAUUCUCUGCAUGAAGAAUUAUGAUGACAAGCCCACCAAAGAUAUAAUAUAAUAAUGUGGGAAUAUGAAUGACGUGUGUGCCAUUUGGUGCAAAAGCUGCUUUUAAUAAGUUUUGCAUGCAGUUUUCCAUUUUGCAGGACAUAUGACAUUUUUUGCACUUUGGGUGUGUGGGUUUGUGAUUUAUGUUAAGUGUUUUGAGAAAAUUAGCCCCCUUUUCAAAGUCGUGCUUAAGCAAUUGUAAAAGACUAAUAUGCGUAAUUAUACAGUAUCUUUUGUCCACAGCCACUUUAUACUGUAUGAAAAACCUUUCCUUCCAUUCAGCAGGACAAAUACAUUUACAAAUCUGCAGGAAAUAUACUGUAUUAUGGCAUGGUAAAUGAGAGAAAAAGUAAAAUGUCCUGGAAGAUAUUGUGUUGUCCUUGAAAAUUGUUUCAACAUUCAUUGCACAGUUUUGAGAAAACCCAGACAAUGUAUGUAUGGGCCAGCACUCCAGUUAAUCCAGAUAGCAGGGAUGAAGCAUGUAUGUAUUUCAUUUGAUACACUUAACAGCUGUUAUGUUUUUCUUUUUUUUUUUCUAGUAGGCCACAGGCCAGAGGUGUCUGCAGUCGGAGGUGGAGGGGUUGCUCUGUGGACCCCUCUGGCCCUCUUGCCCGCGGCCUAUAGGCAGUGGGGUAGUGGGUUAACAGUUAGCAUAUAAAUCGGGGUCUCAUUUUCUCACACAGAAAUAAGCACUAAUCCUCAGACAUAUGACCAAGUCCUCGCAUUGUGGUGAACUACAGUCCAUCAUUCCGAGUCAUGAGACAUGAUGACAUGCAUGUAAAAUAACCUGCUUUGAAUGGUUGAUGAAUUUGAUGAGUAGUUGACCAGGUUAAUAAAUGAUUGAGUAAUCUUUUACUUAGGUCAAAACUCUGCAGAAAUGGUUAUUUGUUGGUCACACUAGGAUGUUACAGACUGUUGGUAGUCAGUUAAUUCUUUUGUCUUGUUAAACAGUUACUAAAACACUGAAAGGUGGCCAAAGCUUUAUUAGUAAUGAAGUGGGCAGCCAGUUGGAUGUCUUUACACUGUUUUUUUUUUUUUUAUCAAAAUAUAGCCUACUGCAGAAAUGGUCGUUUGUGGUUCCCACUGAUUAUUUGGCUGCAACAGACUGCUGAUGGUCAGUUAAUGUAUUGUUUGCCUUGUUAAAUGUUUUCUAAAAUGCUGACAGCCAGCCAGCCAAAUGUUGAUAAGUAUUGAAGUAGACAGCUUCUUUGAAUCUGGACUGGCACUUUGAUCAAAGUACACUAGAAAAUGUUGUUCAUGGUCCACAUUGAUUAUUGGGAUGCUAGUACAGACUGCUGAUGGUCAGUUAGAUGAUAGUUUCCCUUGUUAGAUGGUUACUAAAAUGCUGUUUAAAUAGCCAAAUGAUAAGUAAUGAAGUAGACUUAUUGUUUGACUGUGGACGGUUGCUUUGAUCAGCAUAGGCUGAAUGGUCGUUCAUGGUUCACACAGAUAAAUGCAGUUUGAUGGUCAGUUGAUAGUCAAUCAAAUGUUUGCCUUGUUAAAAGGUUAUUAAAAUGCUGACAAAGCCAAAUGUUGGUGAGCAAUGAAGUAGACAGCUUGUCUGAUAAAUCUGCACUGUUGCUUUUAUCAAAAUGCACUAUAGUAGUAAAAAUCAAAUAGGUAAAAUGCACUACAAUGUUACUUCAAGUUCCUUCCUAUUGUUAACAUAAUUUGGAAACAUAAUGUUAUACAUUACACCUCUAACCCCACCAUCUUUUUACAUUCCUUUAUAUUCCUUCAGCUGCAGCUGGUGAUGUAUUAGACAGAAAACCCAGGCGCGACAUUAUAAGACGCUCCAGGACAUCUACAGAUCCAAGAAGCCAAACAAGGCUUCAGUUACUCACCUCCUAAACCUGGAGUUUGAAUCCAAAAGGCGUUUCAUCACAUCCGAUAAGUUAAAAGAGCAAGACAGAGCAGCCACAAUUCUGGAGGCCUACCCAUGUUUCAGGGAGUUAGAUCAUGCAAGUAUUGUAAUGUUUACCCCUUGCAACCAGUUCUGACUUGUUUACUAGUACAAAGAGAGAGGCAUCAGUCAUCAGUGUUGGACUACUAGCAAUAAUGUUUCAGUGAAUUUCCUCUAUGUUUCUAUUUAUCUUUCAGGUCCUAGAUGAGUUGCAGAGAAUCAUUCAGCCAACGAAUCCCCUGUACAUCUCGGAGAUGAAAGACAGAAAUGGAAAAUUUCUACUCCAAGGUCCAGUUUUAUGGUGUCUUGAAGAAGGCUAUAAAACCUCCAAAAACUUCGGAUGGAGUGGAACAUGCAACAGCUGUAUUCAGAGCCCUGCCACAGCUCUUCCCAUCCAGCACCAUACCACCCAAGAAAUUGGGUACAAGCAGUGAGGCAUUCUUCCAUGUUCUUACGGCAUCAGAAGACCCUGAUGCGUACCUGCGCCACCGGCUCCUAUCAUCCCCAGUUGUGCUCCUGUCUGAUGGCAACUGUAUGAUUGCCGUGAGAAAAACAGACCAGUCACCACCUUCAAGACCAAGAAAGUCCAUGAGAGCCUGUUGUAUCUCUUGGGGUACUACUAUGUGUUGCACCUCACCUACCCAAAAUGUAUUGCAACUCUACUGUCGGUUGUGCAGACUGAGCUGCUUGAGGAUGCAAUACAUGAGCAAGAUUUGACAGCAUCGUACAAGAAAGCCAUUGCCGAGUGGAAGGCUUUCAUCGAGUAAGCUUGUUCUGCGUCAUGGAUCUAUAGGAACCUGUGUAACGUAGUGAUCUUGUAGUGUUUUGGCGGCAGCCAAAAUAGUGUUAGCCUUUUCCUGUUUUCACUAAUGUAAAAGUUAAAAUUUGUUAUUGUUGAAGAAUUUCUGAAAAACCUAUAUGAUCAAAGUGGGUAAAUCCUGCAUGUUAUUCUCUUAUUUCUCAUAUCUCAUAUUUUAUGUUUUAUAAGAACUACGUGAAAUGAAUAAUGCAUCCUCUUAUCUUUAUGCAUUUCCUUCGUUAUAGUACAUUUUCAGUAGUGUGCUUGCUAGUGGCAGUCAGAAUCGCCAGAUGUUCUUGUACUGUUUUUUUCUGAAUGCAGAAAUAAAAUCACUCUGUGAUUUCAAGGAA